CCAUCAUUCCAAACUAAGGGCUUCAUCUGUUUGAGCUUGUAACCAUCAAAGCAGCUCUGCUCCACAUUUUCUUCCAAAACAAGUGCUUUAGUUGCUUAAGUUCUUUGAACUUGCUUGCUUGCUUUGCUUUUUAGCAUUUGCUUUGAGACAUGGAAAGACCGAAAAGGCAUACAAAGAAGUACAGCUUUAAGCAGCCUGAUGUAAAAGAGUUAAGGAAUCUGACAUCAUAUGUAUUAGAUCCCUUGGGUUUCAAGGCUCGAUAUGGGAAGCUUCUGCCGUUGCUGACUACUCAAGUGGAUGAGGGAUUGAUGAGCACUCUUGCUCAGUUCUAUGAUCCGCUCUAUCAUUGCUUCUUAUUUCCGGACUUCCAGUUGUUGCCAACUUUGGAAGAAUACUCUCACCUUAUUGGGAUUCCUAUUCUGGAUCAAGUGCCGUUCAGUGGCUUAGAGAGUAUUCCAUCUGCUCGAGAGAUUUCCAGCUUGUUGCACAUAGAUGAAGAUCUGAUUAGAGCUAAUCUGACUACCAAAGGCGGAAUUCAGGGUUUUCCUUCCGAGUUCCUCAUUGCUCAAGCCACUUUCUAUGGGAAGGCCAUGAGUGAGGAUGCCUUUGAGGCUCUGUUCGUUUUGCUUAUCUAUGGAUUGGUGCUGUUUCCCAACUUUGACAAGUUCGUCGAUAUGAAUGCCAUUAGGAUCUUUUCAGUUCUUAAUCCGGUUCCGACCUUGUUGGGUGAUGCAUAUGUUUCCUUGCAUCUGAGGAAUAUGAAGAAUGGAGGAGUCAUUGUCUGCUGUUUACCCCUGCUGUACAAGUGGUUUAUUUCGCACUUGCCGCAGACAGUUGCUUUCAAGGAGAACAAGGGAUGUCUACGGUGGUCUCAGAGACUCAUGUCUCUCACCAAUGAUGAUAUCACCUGGUAUGAUCGCGUGUACGAUACCGUUCAGAUCAUUAACUCUUGUGGUGAAUUCCCCAAUGUGCCUCUUCUUGGUACAUGUGGUGGGAUUACCUACAAUCCUACGCUUGCACGUCGUCAGCUUGGGUUCCCCCUAAAGGAUAAACCCCAUAACAUUCUGUUAGAAGGUGUAUUCUUUCAGGAGGGUAAAGAUCCCCAAGGCCUGAAAGCCAGAUUUGUCCGCGCUUGGCGCAAUAUUCGCAUAAAGAGUAGGAAUGAAUUGGGUCCAAAGAACUGCAUUGCUUUGGAGCCAUAUACCUCUUGGGUCAGACAGAGGGCUGCUACCUACUUGAUGCCAUACGAUCAUCCGAGACCUACACUGUUGGAUGUGGCUGGGCCUUCAACCCUCCCUACCCAACGUGUAGAGGAGUUGAGAGAAGAAGACCUUUCGCGUGCCUGGAUCCGCGAGAGAGAGGAAUUGCUGCAGCAGCUUAAGGAGAAGGAUGAUAUGAUUGAAUUUCUCGAGCACCGAGUGAUCGACGAUCCGAACGACACUUGGACUUCUCUGCUUCCUCAGUCAUCCAAAUUCUGGAAAAGGAAGUAUGAUCAACUUGCAAAGGAGAAGGCUGAUAUGGAGGCUGCCUAUGAGAGAGAGAUCAAGAAGUUGUACACUUCUCGUCUUCCGGCAUCCCGAGCUAAUAGGGAUCCAUAGGAUGUCAUUUACCUUUCCUCUUUGUAAUAUUUAAAAGAAUGCUGUACUUCUUUGUCUUAAUAUUUUGAAUGAAAAUAUUUUCCAUGAGCAAUUAAAAUGUUUAAAAUUCAAAAUAUUGCAAAUGUACCCUAAGGGUUCCUUGAAAAUUAAAGCAUUUGCACAAGCAUUUCAUGCAUCAUUCUUGCAUAAACAGGUACCCAUCUUUUCUGGUCUUC